UCGGUACAAGUUCUCUGUAGUGUAACAGUUACACUGUAACGUAGAAGUUAUGUAAAUAUUAUUAGAACACGACUUUGUUUCUAACAGUAUACGAUAAAUAAUGUAAUUCUGUUACCUUUGGCUUUUAAGUCAAAGCGUAAAAAUGUUUUAUAUUUAAUAUAAAAUCUGUUUUCAACUUCGAAAACACUUGCGCAGUCGCCAUGUCUUCUUCUUCCAAAUUUCUUUUCAGAAGGAAUAAUAAAAAGAAAUGUUUACAAUCAACUCUUAAUUUUAAUCGAAAUUAUGGGAGGAAUAAGCAUGAAAAAAUUAAUAAUAUUCUAAAAUCAAUACGUACGUUAUGUGAUGAUUCUAGUUCUGCAGAAGAUACACAGCCUUCUGUUGGGCUUAAUUCUGAGAAUCAUAUAAAACAUUUGGGCAAAACAGCGAGAGAAAACACCAAGCACAAUGAAAGAAGAUCAAAACACAACAGUGAGUGUUGUAGUAGUUCAACAGAAUAUUCUCCUAAAUUACUUUCAGAUGAUAACUCAAAAUCAAAGAAAAGAAAAACAUCUAAGUCAUCCGACGAUAAUGUAAAAGAAAUACAAAACUCUUUUAUGUUGUCUGACAACAAUGUGACCAAAAAAUCACAAAAUAGGACAAAACCUUUGUUACCGGUAGUUAGUGAAGAUAGUGAUAGUGACAAUUACAAGCAGAAGAUAUCAGACAGAAAACAUUUAAAAUUCAACGAAAAUAGAAAAUCUAGAAAAAGUAAAAUAGUUGACAACAAUAUGAGGAAACAAAAAAACAAGGAUGAAGAAUCAGAUUCGAGUGACUCGAAUGUUGAGAUGCAUGAAAAGUACACUGAGAAAAAGGAAAGACAAUGCGUUGCUUUGAAAUCAAAUAAACAAAGUUUUGUUAAUUUACAUACCGAUGAUAUUGUCUCUAGUUCUGGUGAAGAAUUUCAGAAAUCAAAAUUUUCUCAUGCUAGCACUAGUUAUAAGAAGAUAAGAAAGUUACAUGGGGUCAAAACGGUUUGCGGUCAAUCUUGUAAGUCACAUUCAAUAUCCAGAAAACAGACAAAAAACAAAACUGUGAUUGAUAAAGAAAACAGUUUGUAUUUGAAAUCUAAUGUUAUUAAAAUUUUAAAUAAAUUUAGAGAAAGUUGCUCUGAAUAUGAAUUAUGUAUAGAGAGCGUAAAAUGGAAACAUUUUAAAAAAGAAUUAACAUAUAUGGAAUCUGCAAACAAUUUAGUAAAUAAAGUGAAAAAUGUAAUUAACAAAUUUAAAAUGGAACUUGACACGCAAGAAAAAGAUUUAACAAGUUUUUAUGAAGAAUGGAGUAAAAACUACAUUUUACAAAAUAGAAAUUACGAAGAUAGUCACUUAAAUGAAAACGAAGUAUUGCAAGCAGCAGAUUCUAAAAAAAACUCUAGUCUGUCAAAGAAUAAUUCCUCUUCACAGGAAGAAAACUUAGUUUCAGAAUGCGAUAGCGAAGAAAUAUUUUUUUCUGACAAAAAUGAGGAAACAGGAGAAAAAUCAGCAUCCACUCAAAUAUCAAAAGAGUCUGUGGUUGAUAGUAGUGAAAACAUGGUACCCUCAGAAGAUAAUCGGGCUGUUUCUCCUAUUUUAGGCAAUGUCAAGAAAAAAGCAAUAUCUGAUGAAUUACAUGUAAAAGAUACAUCAAAAGCGAUUGAUGAAGAUAACGAAACUUAUAAAGAAUGCCAUGAACAGGAAAAUGACAAUAUGAAUAAUUCUUUGCAAGAUAUAUUUGAAGAAUCAAUUGUGAACGUUGAAGCUGUUGAUACUCAGAAACAAAUGAAAAAUGGACUUAAGGAAGAAGCUAGUUUAGUAUCAAAAACAAAUAAGGAUAAAAUACUACCUAUAAAAGCUGAUUUUGAUAAAGAUAACGCGUUGACAAAAUCUAGAGAAACAAGUGGGAAACCUGAUAAUAAACACACGAAUACAAACGAAAAGAGAAAUACUGCAUUUAAGACCUUUUCUUCUGAGGAAACAGUAACAUCAAAGAUAGAUGAUAAUGAAUCAAUUGCAACAGUUAUAAUUGAAAAAGAGAUACAUAAUAUUUUAAAUGAACUUAAUGCGGAAGAACAAGCUAAAAAAGCAAUGCUGGAAUCUGAUUCAGAAAUGUUUCCUAAUGAAGAGUGUUCAUCUAAAAACUCAAAAAAAGAUUUUAUGGAUAAUAGUCCAAAAAAAAAUGACACAGUAGAAUUUGAAAAAAUAAACUCCGAUAGCAAGAAAAAAGUAAAUAAUCCAGAAACUAAUCUCUUUGACGAAGGCAGUUCGUCAGAUGAGAAGGAUACAAUUAUUGAUGAGAUCUGUGCCAAACGUGCUCUUCUUGACUCAAAUUCAGACGAUUCUAUGAUUUCUUCUUAUUCGAGAAAACCGUCGUGUAAAACACACAAAUCUGGUGUUAAUAGCGAGAACAUACACGCAAAAGCAACACUAUUGGCGUCGUCGAACAGUGAAAGUUCAAAUUCUGAUAGCGAGUGUAAUUUGCAAGUUACAAAAGUAAACCCCUCAUUGAACAAACAAGAGGAAGAGAGCAAAGAGAAUUCUUUAGAUGUAACGUUGUCAGAGUUUGAUACUAGCAUUAGCGAAAGGGUAAAGAGAAGACGAACUGGUGUUAAGAAAAACAGUGACUUAGAAUCUGAUAAAAAACUAAUGAUGAAUUGUUAUGUCGCCAUUGAAAAAUUAUCCGAAGAAAUUUUAAAAAAUCAUGCGGAUGCAUUGCACAAAUCGCGACAUUAUUUGGAUGCUAAAAAUAUUAAAAGUCUCACUAAUUUGGACAGACUUGAAAGAGACUGUAAAAAGACAAAUUCGACGCGAUAUUCCACAUCCGCGAUAAAAGCUCAAAAAGAAAAAGAAACAGAAGACACUCUUUUGGAUCAUUUAAUGAAAGUGUCAAAUGGAGAAUUCAUUGGCAAUUCUGAAGAACAUUCUGAUUCAGAAGGCAUGAAUCCAAUCACAGAAGUACAAUCUAAGUUUCCAACUACCGAAGAGUUAAUAAAGGAAGCAGAUAUGGCCUCAAAGAAGAUGCUUUUAAAUUCUUCUGAUUCGGAUAAGGAAUAUAAGAACGAGUCGGAAAAUAAUAAUAGUGACCAGGAGGGAAAAAAAGUUAAAACAAAAUCAUUGAAAAAUACUGAGAAAAAGAGUUUGACCAGCGAAAUGGAUAACGAAGAUGAACGAAAUAAAAGUAAAUGGAGACAAAAUAAAAUAUUGACAUUAAAGUUCUCAGAUUCGGAUUCGGACAUUGCGAGGGAAAAAUUGGAAAAACACCGACAAAAAUUACGCGAAGAAGCGGAAGAUAGUCACUCAGAUUCUUCAGAUUACCAAAAAAAAAUUGUUAAACGUAAAAGAAGAAAUCGUAAAAUUACUGAUUCCGAUUCAGAGAUACAAUUAAAUGAUUCUGACUCAGAUUCCAGUAAGUCUUUAGGAUUGGAAGAUACAUCAUCAAAUACUGAUUCUAGCAUAGGAAUGAAAAAAAAGAAAACACGUAAACGUAAGACAAAUAAAUCUUCUGAUUCGGGUUCCUCACUUUCUGAAAAGAGAUCAAAGGUAAAACGAAAACGAAUUAAAAUGAUGGACUCCGAUAGCGAUGAUAGUUCCAAUAGUGAUGGAACUAAAAGUUCUCCAAAAGUACCUGGCACAAAAGGUCGCAAAAAUAUUCGGAAAGUACUAAAGGACAAACAUAUUGCAGAUGAUACGAAGCAAGCUGCAAAGCAAGAGGAAGAGAGACUUAAACGCAUUUCUGAGCGACAAAAAUUGUAUAAUGAAAUGUACGAAGCAAGAUUGGCUAGCGAAGAAAGGGUAGAAAAUUUGGUAUUAGAUUUUAAUCCUGAAACAAAAGAAGAACUUUUAAGCGUUGACAAAAAUUUGGUGAAGCGCCUGAAACCGCAUCAAGCUAAAGGAAUAAAAUUCAUGUGGGAUGCUUGUUUUGAGUCCCUUGAAAGGAUAAAAUCUUCUUCUGGAUCUGGAUGUAUAAUCGCGCAUUGUAUGGGACUUGGAAAAUCUCUUCAAGUAAUUGCUCUAACGCAUACACUUUUGGCGCAUGAAGAAGAAACUAACAUCAGAACCAUUAUGAUUGUUUGUCCUUUAAGUACGGUACUUAACUGGUACAAUGAAUUUAAUUUAUGGUUGAAGGACAUCGAUAAUAGUGACAUUGAUAUUUAUGAAUUGACUAAAUAUAAGAAAAACAUAGAGCGAAAAACUCAGCUUCAAUGUUGGCAAAGGACUGGUGGCGUGCUCCUUAUCGGUUACGAGAUGUUCAGAAAUCUCAGCAAUACUAAUAAUAGAAUGCGAAAAGCUAUGAAAGAAGAAAUCCUACAGUGCUUGGUUGAUCCUGGUCCAGAUAUGAUAGUUUGCGAUGAGGGUCAUUUAUUGAAAAACGAAGAUAGCGCUAUUAGUAAAUCUAUAAAACGUAUUAAAACGUUACGGAGAAUUAUCCUUACUGGAACGCCACUUCAAAAUAAUUUAAUAGAAUAUCAUUGCAUGGUACAAUUUAUAAAACCAAACCUUCUAGGAACAAAGAAGGAAUUUUUAAAUAGAUUUGCGAAUCCAAUAACCAAUGGACAGUUCGACGAUUCUACUGAAAAUGAUGUUAAACUAAUGAAAAAACGCGCUUAUGUGUUGCACAAAAUGUUAAAAGGGAGUGUACAGAGGUUUGAUUACUCUGUGUUAAUGCCUUUUUUACCACCAAAACAGGAAUAUGUAAUAUUUGUGAGCCUAACAGAUGUACAAAUUAAACUAUAUCGGCAUUAUUUGGAUAACUUUGCAAGACAACACCGUGCUGCGGGUGGAUCUCUUUUUGCAGAUUUUCAAGUACUCCAGAGAAUAUGGACACAUCCCGUAAUUUUACGUUUACAUUCGGAAAAGACGGGAAAGAUGCUUGAAAGAAAAUACUCCUCAACUGACACUGAAGGUUCUUUAAAAGAUUUCGUUGUUGACAACUCUGAUUGUCAGUCUGAUACUACUACAGAGAGUUCUACCGAAGAUGAUGAUGAUAAUGAUAAGUCAAAGAAUACAAAAAAUACAAGAAGUAACACCGAAGAGGUUGAUAUAAUUUCGGAACCAGAAGAAUGUGAAAAAGAAGAAGAGUGGUGGUCACAGUUCAUUCAACCCGAACAUUACAACGACAUGAAAAUUUCCGCUAAAUUGACGCUCCUAUUUGGUAUUUUAAAGGAGUGCGGGCAAAUAGGCGAUAAAAUAUUGGUAUUUUCACAGUCUUUGUACUCGUUAACUUUAAUUGAGCAAUUUCUUGAAAUAAUCGAUGACGCGACACAAAACGGUACGUCAACGGAAUCCAUUGAUGGACACAGUGGCUCUUGGUCAUUCGGUUUGGAUUAUUUUCGACUGGAUGGUCAAACCUCUGCCGACAACAGAAAUAGAUGGUGCAAAAUAUUCAAUAAACCAUCGAACACGAGAGCAAGAUUAUUCUUAAUAUCGACACGAGCAGGUGGAUUAGGAAUCAAUUUAACUGCUGCCAAUCGCGUCAUUAUAUUUGACGCAAGUUGGAAUCCUUCCCAUGACGUUCAAAGUAUAUUUCGUGUAUAUAGAUUUGGUCAGAAAAAACCGUGCUAUAUUUAUCGGUUUUUGGCGGCUGGAACAAUGGAAGAAAAAAUAUAUAAUCGACAAGUGACAAAGUUAUCGCUUUCCUGCAGAGUUGUUGAUGAACAACAAAUAGAACGUCAUUACAGCAAUCAUGUUUUAAGCGAGUUGUACAAGUUCGAACCAAAUACAACCGGAGAAAAGCCGACUUUGAAUUUACCAAAAGAUAGAUUAUUAGCGGAAAUAUUUUUGAAAUAUAAACAUUUUGUGGAAAACUAUCACGAGCAUGAUUCUCUGUUGGAAAAUAAAGCUGAGGAAGAAUUGGACGAAGAAGAGAGAAAGCAAGCCUGGUUAGAGUACGAGGAAGAGAAGGAAGGCAAAUUAAUGCCGAUGUAUCCAACAAUGGCAUCUAUUUCAAAUAGUGAAUUUUUAAAUCAUUAUAACUUACCAACGCCACUACACUUUGGUACAGAUUAUGAAAAAUUCCAAGAACUAAUUCGGAAAGAUUAUCCCAAUGUGACACCCGAGUGUCAACAAAUGAUGACAAAUCGAGUGUUAAAAGACAUGUAUACUUAUUGGGAGCAACAGACUUACCAUAGUGCAUCUGCACAUCAAUUUACUAAUCAGAACACAGGUCCACUGCAAACAUUGCUGAGAACACAAGUACCGAAUUUGGCUCAAAUGUCAUAUGUGCGGAAUCUUAGUAUGAACAGUAACAGCGAAAACAGAGAUGAGAUUCCACAUAAUAAUAAAAAUAAUGAUGCAAAAUCUACGGGUGACGAUGACGACAUUGUAGAGAUUACUUCACCUACAGUUAGUAAGAAAAACAAGACCCAAGAAGAGUGAACAGCAUGAAAAAAAUGAAUGUCAGUAGAUUAGAUAAUUGCAAUGGUUUAAACGGUAGCCAAGCAGUAUAACGGUAUCUAUUUGAUCUGACAGUAUAUCCCAUAGCUUUGAUCUGUUUUAAUCGUGGUUCGUCGCUAUUUGGAUUUAUCGAAGGUUCAACACUCGGUCUUGGAUACUGUGCAAAGGCCGCUUUUUUCCAUGAUAGGUUCUUUACCUGUUCUUUUAAAGCGGUUUUCACUAGCGGCAUAAGAGAAAUUCCUUCAC